GAGAGAGAGACACACGGACAAAUUGAGCUUUAUCUAUCGAGGUGGGUCACUCAGUAAGAGCCAUUUGGAGCCAGAGGCGACUCGGAGCGCGCAUUCAGACGCAGAUCAUCAUAAUAAGAGCAGGAGUCAGAAUCACAGAGACCAGAAGCAGAGAGCACAUUGCUCCACAUAGAAGGAAGAAAAAAAACACACACUCAUACACGGAAGAGAAGUGCGUGAAAGAGAGGCAGAGUGAGGGACGGACGGCAAAACGAACAGUUGAAGUUUUACUGUGCGGGAUAAAUAAAAAAAAGACUAAAAAGUGACUCUCAAAGAAGCCGGAAAGUGUUGGUGAAGAUGCCGCGGGUAGUCCCGGACCAGAGGAGCAAGUUUGAGAAUGAGGAGUUUUUCCGCAAGUUGAGCAGGGAGUGUGAGAUUAAAUAUACUGGGUUCAGGGACCGGCCCCAUGAGGAGAGACAAGCUCGCUUCCAGAACGCUUGCAGGGAUGGACGGUCAGAAAUACUGCAGUCAUCAUCAUCAUCAUCAUCAUCACCAUCAUCAUCAUCACAGCUUUGUUUGGCCUUUGUAGCCACAGGUACCAACCUCUCCCUCCAGUUCUUUCCUGCCAACCUGCACGGAGAUCAGAGGCAGGUUCCUGCAAGAGAGUAUGUCGACUUUGAGAGAGAAACAGGAAAGGUCUAUUUGAAGGCUCCCAUGAUUUUGAACGGUGUGUGUGUGACCUGGAGAGGUUGGAUCGACCUACAGAGGCUGGAUGGUAUGGGAUACCUGGAGUAUGAUGAAGAGAGGGCGCAGCAAGAGGACGCUUUGGCCCAGGCAGCGUUUGAAGAGGCUCGACGCAGAACCCGAGACUUUGAAGACAGAGACCGAUCACACAGAGAGGAUCUAGAGGACCCUGUGGUUUCUAAAAUCUGGGACUGAUGACACACAGACAGCCAGCAGAAAAGAACAGGUCCAGACGACAGCAGGACCCCAGCCCUGGCUCAAACAUGGCCAACGCUGACGUGGAACACAAGAUGCGCUGAGGAGGAAGACGAUGAGGAAGUAGCGAAAAGAGGAAGAGGAGUUAACCAGGGCUGGCUGUCCGUUCACUUUCAAUACAGUCAACUGAUAAAAAGUCAACUGAAACUGCAAUUGUUGACCAAUUGUUCACUAUUAUUUCCAAACUGGUUUGAUAUGACCGUUUUCACUCGCCAAAGAUUUUUGACAUAUUUAAAUGUAGAAGAAAAUAAACUUCCUUAAUUGAUUGAAUUGAAAGUGAACCAAGGAUUAACAGGAAUAAGGACACAACAGACCUUGGCAAAAAGUAGUUAAAUAUAUUGAAUACAGAGGAAGGAACAUGAGCAGUUGAAUUAGCAUUAGUUUGCAAAUGUGACACACCCAGCGUUGAAGUUGUUUCUUGAGUCAAAUUAGUGUUUCAGAUAUAUAAAGUAGAGAUUAAAUCAUUCAAAGACUUUAAUAUUUUUUGUCCAGUUCAUAAAUUAAUUGAUAGGGGUAGAUUCAAAUACCAAAAGUAUAUUUUCUAUCGAUACAAGAUGUUGAAAGUAGAGGGAGAGGGGUCGAAAAGGGGUAUUGGAGGUCUAAGGAUGAGGAAAGACAGAAACUGGAUGGAGCAGAGAAAAGAAAGAUUUGUUUGGCUCAGGGUCACGGUCAGGGCUUGUUGGUCAGGAUUACCAGAAGGGCAUGCAUCAAAGGUGAGGUGUUGACAGUUUGAGAGGCAGAAAAGGUAAAAGCAUUGUGUCUGCAUUGUUCAGUGCUGUGCAACACUUCACAUUUGUGAACAUGCCCUUGUUAAUCCAAACUAUACCAAGCACACUUUCUGAAACUUGCUGUUUUCUUAGACCAAAGUUCACAUGCUGGAAAGGGAGGGGAGGGGGGUGAGAAAAGGGGAAACUGAGUCACAUCUAUGUGGGCAGGUUGGAGGAGGGCAUCCUGAGAUAAUUUCACCAGGUUUUAGGGUUAAGAAGUGUUUGCUGUACUAUAAUAUUCAUGAUCUUUUUGAAACAUCACUAUUGUGAGAUGUAAGUGACUAGAAUCACGGGUUAUGUAGCAAAAACCUCAAAGCAGGACAGUUAACAAAGAAAACUGCUACAAACUCUGCUAUCUUUGGCUCUGGAAGCAAUCAGAUAAUUAUAUGGGGUUUUUUGUUAGGUUGGUGGGUUUAUGGGUCAAUUCGAACAUCCUUAGUCCUCUGAGGGGAUUUGCACUAUGUGAUACAAUCAGACUUUUUCUCCACGUGGAUUUUCUUUUUUUGCAUGAAACCAAACAGGCCUCCAUUCUCCAUUGUUUCCUAUAAGCAGCCUAUUUACAUGAGAGCACUCUCUUUACAGCGCUUUGGUAAGGAAUAACUGGCUGAUCCAAGGCUAUGUCAUUGUGCAGCCAAAUUUGGGCAUGCUCUUGCCGUGGACCCAAACAGUAGCAUGUCAUACACCAGGAUGUUUCAGCGAGGUGGACUUGUGAUCUCCUAUGAACCCAAAACCUUGUGAAUGAAAUUGGUGAUACUUUAUUUAAUUGAGGAUUAAGUGAGUUGCCUUUUCACAGCAAGUUAGUCAUAAUACCAUAGCACCGCUGUCCACUGAAAACCAUGUAUCUCCAAAUUUAGUGAUUUUUUUAGUAUUUUUUUAAACAGAAAAACUGAAGGAUUUAAGUUUUACUUUAUGGGUUAAGAAACAUGUCCUAGUUCAUAAGCAAAAAUAAACAGUUGGGUUUUCUGAAAUAAAAAUGUACAGUUGCAAAACAGAAAACACAUUUUUCCUUAGCUCAUGAAAAGUUGACUUUUUGUAGAUACAUGUUUUUUACCAGACAGCGAUGAUACGUAACAUCUGAUCUUAACAUACAAUGAAUUAAAUCAGCAAAAAAAUAAGUUCAAAACCUUUUCAAAACCCAUCAUACACAGCAGUCGCAUGUGUCUCAUAUUACUUCUGUCACUGCUGUAUAGAAAAAUUGGAUUGAAAUGAAACUUUGUAAUUAUUUUUGGCCAGGUCAUAGAUUGUACUGUCUACGGUACCUAUCUAAUAUAAAUAUUCUUCAUCAUUCAAGACUGUAAAAGCCUAAAUACAGUCAAGAUACUAUUCCCUGUUACAGCACUAUGAAACGGUUUGUUUGGCUAUCUUAUCAUUUUGUUUGUGUGAAAGUCAUGAUGUUUACUUUUAUAUUACUUCUCACCUCUGUAUAUGUAUUUUUUUUUUUGUUCAUCUUUCAGCUUUGUUAUGAACUAGUAGUAGCAGCGUUAGGCUAUUUUAUGUAAAGUUGAGUUGAAAUUUACAAAGCGUCUCCAUAAAUGUAGGAGUUUUGAGAUUUUUCUUUGUUGCUUUAGUUUUUCAUUGUUUCAUGUGUUCCUUAUAUGAAUGUUAUUUUUAUGGUAUCUUUUUUUUUCUUUCUUUUUAAGGAAAUCCACUUCCUGGGUUAAAUACAUUGAAUGUGGAUUGACUCAAGCCCUUUUAUUUUUAUAUUGUGCAACUAGAUGCUCAUUUCAUUUUCCAGUGUGAUUUAGGUUUAGUGACCUCAACUGUUUUAUUACAAUUAUUAUAAACAAGACAAAUCUUUUUCUUUAUUCAUGCUUUUUUUUUCUCAGUCUGACUGAUUUUGAUGAGCUUUACAUUGGCUGAGAAAACUUUUGAUUGAUUAGAGAGUAAAAUUCCACAGUAGGUUUUACAGUAAAGAAAUAAAUACAGUAAGGUGAUAUCAUUUUAAAGGUGAUAUCAUGUGUCAAGUUUCCCAGAGCCUCACUAACAAAAACCUUAGGAUGAGUGGAUACACUUUCUCAUUGUCAGCAUUAGUUAUUUAUUUUUCCCCACAGAGAUUUGGGAGACUUCUCAGAACGUACUGAUCCUGCAAAGACAGCUGUCCCGGUGACUCUGUGCUAAAUUAGUUGAGGAAUGUGGAAAACUACUUUUGGUUCUGGGGCACAUUCGGUGUGAUAAGCGGUGGAUUUUUGUGUCUCUGCUGAGUUUGAUAUUGUUGUGUGGAAAAGUCCAGCAGAGUUGACUCAUCAAUGAAGUGGCAUUAAAGACUUUGAAUGAGGAGGUGAGGUGAGUGGAGGGACAGAAGAAGGCAUUAGAACAUGUGGUGGAAGCUGUCAGAGAUUUACAUGUACAGUGGCUUUUAUGUUUCCAUGACACACAAAAGUUAUAGGUAUGUUUGAUUUUGACAGUAAAUCAGUGGGAACUGACAGAACAUUAUUAAUGUUCCAGUACAAUGAGAGGUGAGAUGUAGGUGGACAGUCAGAGACAGUACGGUUAGGGAGGCUCACUGCAUGUUCUAAAUAAAUCUAGUAAUAACCAUGGGUGGUCUAAUGAAAUCUGUAAUGUUUGUAUAUCUUACUUUAUCUUUAACUUUAUCUUUCUGGGUUUUAACAGUGUGCUCAGGAUAAGAAACAUGAGUGAGGGAUGAUUUUAAAAGACAAAGAUUCUAGUUUGUUGUUAGGAAAUGACCUAAGUUUAUCACCCUGUCUCCACUUAACCCACAGAAUAUCAUUAUACCAUUAUUAAAGUGGCUAGAAAAAGCAUUUGUUCAUACUUCAUCCCUCAAUUUUCUUAAUGCAGGCAUUAAGGCAAAAAACAUAAACCACAAACAUUUUCUUUCCAUCUUUCUGUUUCUCUUCUUGUUUGUUUAAGUUAUUUAUAUACUUUGGUUUUAUUUUGAGAUCCAAAUAAGAACUAGUAUACUCUCUCAAUAAGUUUCUCCUUCCUGUGUCUGUGGUCUUUCUCUCUGUUUAGGGUUGAGCUUGUCCUCUUGGAGGAAUCAGAAAUAUGAGAUAUUCAAGUCAAAAUGUUGAAAGUUUUUCAUAAUAAACAUGUAUGAAU